AUGCAUGCUGAGAUAAAUUGUCUCUACAAUGCGAGCCGCAAGGGCGUGCAGAGCUUCCGCGGUAUGACGAUGUACUCCACGCUCAUGCCCUGCCACAUGUGCGCGGGUGCGAUAGUGCAGUUCGGCAUAGCGAGAGUUGUCGCCGGAGAGUCCAGUAAUUUUCGGGAAGCGAAUGGGUUCGAGACGUUGCUGCGUCACGGCAUCGAGGUUAUUGACCUUGACCUAGAUGACGCCAGGCAACUUCUGGGCCGAUUCAUCGAGGCGAACCCGGAACAGUGGAACGAAGACAUUGGAAGGUAA